UCGACAGACGCAACAUAGCAUACCUAUAGAAGAAAUUCUACAGGAAGACGGCCAAGAUGUCCAAGAUUUCCGUCGCCGCUGUGCGUCAGCACGUUACUGACCUUCUUGAGUACUCUAACGAGACCAAGAAGCGCAACUUCCUCGAGACCGUCGAGCUCCAGAUCGGCCUCAAGAACUAUGACCCCCAGCGUGACAAGCGUUUCUCUGGCACCAUCCGCCUGCCCAGCAUUCCCCGCCCCAACAUGAGCAUCUGCAUUCUCGGUGACCAGCACGAUAUCGACCGUGCCAAGCACGGCGGUGUUGACGCCAUGUCCGUCGACGAUCUCAAGAAGCUCAACAAGAACAAGAAGCUCAUCAAGAAGCUUGCUCGCAAGUACGAUGCCUUCGUCGCCUCCGAGGCCCUUAUCAAGCAGAUCCCCCGUCUGCUCGGUCCCGGUCUUUCCAAGGCUGGCAAGUUCCCCACCCCCGUCUCCCACUCCGACGACCUUACCGGCAAGCUCAACGAGGUCAAGUCCACCAUCAAGUUCCAGCUCAAGAAGGUUCUCUGCAUGGGUGUCGCCGUCGGCAACGUUGGCAUGACCCAGGAGCAGCUUGUUGGUAACAUCAUGUUGGCCAUCAACUACCUCGUCUCCCUCCUCAAGAAGGGCUGGCAGAACGUUGGUAGCCUUACCAUCAAGGCUACCAUGUCUCCCCCCAAGCGCCUCUACUAAAUGUAGUCAUGGUCUGCUGAGGCAGCGAUUACUUCCUUACUCUCGUUUGUUGGGGUACAGUCACUAGUCAGCCUUUGAUUAGGUCAUACCGGUUUCUGUUAUUGGGCAGCCGCGAGGGAUGAUGGGUGUCGCUGUUGGACGGUCUACAUGAGGAGCUCCGUAGUUCUGAAGGGUUCAAAUCUAAAGGAAUUGCGGUCCAUAUCUGUU